AUGGGAAAAUUCGAUUUGGCCGAAAAGUACUAUCGUCGAUGGUUGAGCGAACUUCCAUCGAAUGAUCCCUCCCUUUGUGUGUUGUAUGAACGUCUUGGUAUGGUUGCUGAUGCGAAAGGUGAGUAUGAUACGAGUCUCGAAUGGUAUCAGAAAUCACUCGAGAUGAAGAUGCAAACUCGUCCAUCCGAUCAUGUCAAUAUUGGUAACACACACAACAGCAUCGGUAUUGUUCAUCGAAAUAAAGGUGAUCGUGGUCGAGCACUCGAAUCGUACAAUCGAGCCGUGUCACUCUUCAAACAAGCACACGAUGAGAAUCACCCACAUUUGGCCUCCUUUUACAACAACAUUGGCUUGAUCUAUCAAGAAGAGAAGAAGUAUUUUGAAGCGCUCGACUUCUAUGAGAAGUCAGUUGCUAUUCACGGGAAGCAUCUACCACCAGAUCAUCCUGAUUUGGGUUCAUCGCACAACAAUAUUGGCGGGGUUCAUCAUUGUCUCGGUCAUUAUGAUCUCGCAUUGGAUCAUUACAAUCGUUCACUUAAAAUCAAAUUGAAGUCACUUCCUGCUCAACAUCCCAGUAUUGCAAGUACCUACGAGAACAUGGGUCUUGUGUAUGAAGACAAAGAUGAAUUAGAGUAUGUAUUGACAUUUUCACAGUCAACACCCAUAAGUUUAUUUCAUUUCUUCUGUUCUGGCAUACAAACCAAAUUUUUCCUAUGCACGUUCAUAUUUAUGAACGUCAACAAUAAAUAUUCAUCAUUACUUUUAGGGAAGUAAAAUUGAAAUUGUUCAGGAUAUUGGCUAUGGCUUUUGAUGUAUGAUGCUUUUCGUCUAUCAUGUUUUAUGUCAGUUUAAGUGGUAAAACUCACACUACAUUGGACCUAUGGAAAUCGACAGCAACUGUAAAAAGUUAAGCAAUAUAUACAAAAUAAUAUUAGUGUGUCCGUUAGCAGUGAGAUUGAAUUUUAAAGUAAAUCUAUGUCAACGUGGAUGACAGUAUUUACAGCUUUAUUUAUUCAUAAUUAUCAUGAGUAGAAAAAACAUGAAAAGAAUUUGUCCUCUCUUCAUAUGAAAAUUUGAAUGCGGACGUAAGUUCACAUUUGAAACCAAAUGAGCUUUUCUUAUUAUCUUCUAUUGCAGCUUUGAUUUGUACACUCUAAAAAAUCCGUUUUCUGAGAAUCUAUUAGAAGGUUCCUGAGUUCUCGAAAAGUCUUAAAAGCAAUCAAAAACAAAUCCUGACCUCGGGAGCGCCGCAGAGGUUUCCAAAAGUUCGAAAGCCUGGGUAGGUUACCGGCUACCACCCUCGAAAUAAUUCACAAAUCUGUAUCUGACGUCUUAUUCUAACUUCAUAUUCUAAUAAAUCAAUCAAAUUACGAAUCUGUAUCUACCCUCUCAUUUUAAAAUCUUAAUCUAACCUCUUCAUUUAUAUCUAUCCUUUCAUAAUAAUCUCUUGAUCUAACCCUUUAUAGAUACCUUAAAUGUACCCCCACCCGACACUCUUACGCUUCAAUCUGUAGUUGUCAGCUAGUUUUAAUCUCAUUAUAUUACUUAUUUGCGUUGAUUUCAGUUUCAUAUUAGUGAACAUUUGUACGUAGUACAGGAAUCAAGAAAAGCGGUACAAGUUUGAUGUCUUCUAAAAAUGGAAUAUCGUUGGUUUCAAGGGGAAAAGUGUUGAGCAGGUGCUGAAAGAUGCUAAAGGUGUUAGUAGCUGUUGAAAAGCUACAGAAACAUAAACGAGUAUUAUACGACAGGAUGUCUUAAUUCUCUAUUAAACUCAUUGUUGUCCCUCAAUCUUGUUGAAUACACUAAUUCCUCGAUCAAAGCAGAGGUGUGCCAAAUUAGAAACCUGACUUUACUGAAAACCUGCACUUAAUUUUAUGAGCUUAAGAGUAAUCAUUGAAUUCCGAUUCUUUUCCAGGAGUUUAUUAUGUAUUUGAUGAAAAAUCAAUAUUUAACAUCUGGGGUACCUACCCCUCAAGGAUCGAAAAAAAAUCUUUUGUUCUGAUUUUAGUGCGAGCAGUUAUAUUUCGAUAAAGUUAAGUUUCUCUGAUCACAAAUAUCAUCUUAGAUUUUAAAAUUCAUUGGAUACUAAUAAAGUUCUAAAGCACUCUCUGGA